UUUCUUACAGUGACAAUCUACCGGAAGAAUUGGACGAUGAGACCUGUGAUGAGGAAAAAUCGGCAAGGACAUCCGAUGAAAACCGCAAGCAAAAUCACAGUGAAAUCGAAAAACGCCGCAGGGACAAAAUGAACACCUACAUCAAUGAGCUGUCGGCCAUGAUACCCAUGUGCUAUGCCAUGCAUCGUAAACUGGACAAGCUGACAGUGUUGCGUAUGGCAGUGCAGCAUUUACGCAGCAUACGUGGUGCGGUCCACGCCUACAGCGGUGCCGAUGGUAAACCCACAUUCCUUUCCGAUCAAGAAUUAAAAAUGCUGAUACUGCAGGCAGCCGAAGGAUUUCUUUUUGUUGUCGGCUGUGAUCGUGGUCGUAUACUUUAUGUCUCCGAAUCGGUAUCGAAGGUGUUGAAUUAUACACAGACAGAUUUGUUGGGUCAAAGUUGGUUUGAUGUUCUACAUCCGAAAGAUGUGGCCAAGGUAAAGGAACAGCUGUCAUCACUGGAUCCCUGUCCGAGGGAGCGAUUAAUAGAUGCCAAAACCAUGCUGCCCGUCAAAGCCGAUAUACCCCAAAGCCUAUGUCGCCUGUGUCCGGGAGCCCGUCGAUCAUUUUUCUGUCGCAUGAAAUUGAAAGCCGCCCUCAACAAGAACAAUAACAACAACAAUCAAAUUAAAGAGGAAUCCGAUACCUCAUCCUCAUCACGCAGUUCCACAAAGCGAAAAUCCAAACUGAGCAUGGAUGAUAAAUAUCGGGUUAUCCAAUGCACUGGGUACUUAAAAUCCUGGACCCCAAUCAAAGAGGAAAAUCAUGAUGGGGAUAGUGAUGAUCAGAUAACCAAUAAUAUGUCUUGUUUGGUGGCCAUCGGAAGGAUACCCUCAAAUGUACUGGAAGAUCAAAUACCCUCAUCACUGGAUCAUCAUCCGAAUAUAAGGCAUGUUAAGUUCUUGUCAAGGCAUUCGGUUGAUGGGAAAUUUUUGUUUAUCGAUCAAAGAGCCACCCUAGCUGUUGGUUUCCUGCCCCAAGAAAUACUCGGCAGUAGUUUCUAUGAGUAUUUCCAUCCCGAAGACAUACCUGCACUGGCUGAGUCUCACAAAAUGGUAUUGCAGGUGGCGGAAAAAGUCACCACCCAGGUCUAUCGAUUUCGUUGUAAGGACAAUAGUUUUAUUCAGCUGCAGAGUGAAUGGCGGGCAUUUAAGAACCCCUGGACCACGGAAAUUGAAUAUAUUAUGGCCAAGAAUUCCGUAUUUUUCUAAUGUAU